AUGUUGGCCAUCUCCUCCAAAGCCGUGCGUUUGCCGCGCGCGCUCACUCACUCCAAGCGAGCUUUGCAUGAUUUGACUAUCCUGCCCUCUGGGAAGGCUGCCGUCCAACAAGGGCCCCCGGGCGUAGCGCGUUUCCUGGGGCGGUAUGUAGUUGCGAAGCUUGCCAAGGCGGGCUCGCAAGUUAUCAUUCCCUACCGCGACGAGGAUGAGAAGCGCCAUCUGAAGGUCCUCGGAGACCUGGGUCAGAUUGUACCGCUCGAAUGGGACCUUCGUCGGCCAGACCAGAUCGAGGAGUGUCUGAGACACUCUGACACGGUGUACAACCUUGUCGGGCGGGACUACGAGACCAGCAACUACUCGUACGACGACGUUCACGUGCGCGGAGCCUCUGACAUCGCGUCUAUCGCGGCACAAAACGGCGUCGACAAAUUCGUCCACGUCUCGCACCUCAACGCAUCGCAUGACUCUCCCUCCGCAUUCUACCGCUCCAAGGCAAUGGGCGAGGAACGCGUCAAGGAUGCCUUCCCGACCGCGAUGAUUGUCCGCCCCGCUACCAUGUUCGGCGCCGAGGACAAGUUCUUGAACAAUAUGGCUAUCUGGCCGAUCUGGUGGAAGCUGAACCACAUGCAGACGAAGGUCCGCCCCGCCCACGUGCUCGACGUCGCGCAGGCGCUCGCGAACACCUUCACCAUGGCCCCGAUCCCGGGGACAUUCAAUUUGCCGGGUCCGUCGACGCUCACGUACGACUACCUGCUCGCGCUCGUCUCGACGAUCACCUACAACCCGGUGAGCGGUGCACCGACGAUGCCCAAGCGCGUCGCGCUCGCGCUUUCGUCCCUGGCGCAGAACGUGUGGUGGCCACUCAUCAGUCCGGACGAGGUCGAGCGGCGGUACAUCGACGACGCGACAGUGCCCGGCGACUGGGCGACGUUCGGCGUCGUGCCCGACGAGAUCGAGGAGCACGCGAUCACAUACUUGAGGCGAUACCGAUCUGCGGACAACUUCUCGCGCCCAGUCGUGUUCCCCGCCAGCCGGGAGACGUCUUCGGUGAGUCCGCCCGCAUGUCCGCCCUGUUGA